GGAAGUGCCCGCCCUCGGGCCGCUCCUCCCGCCGCCUCCGGGGCGUCUCGCCUCUUCUGGGAGGAUGAGACAAGCUGGGGGCUGUGGCUGGCUGACUGCGGUUGCCGGGUGACAAGUCGGAGCCGGGACAGUUAGCAUAAUGGCAGAGUCUGUUUCUCCACUGAAGCACUUUGUGCUGGCGAAGAAGGCAAUUACCGCAAUCUUUGGCCAGUUACUGGAGUUUGUUACUGAAGGAUCACAUUUUAUUGAAGCAACAUACAGGAAUCCUGAACUUGAUCGGAUAGCCACCGAAGAUGAUCUGGUAGAGAUACAGGGGUACAGAAACAAACUUGCUGUCAUUGGAGAGGUGCUGUCUCGGAGACACAUGAAAGUUGCAUUUUUUGGCAGGACUAGUAGUGGGAAGAGCUCUGUGAUCAACGCAAUGCUGUGGGAUAAGGUUCUUCCCAGUGGGAUUGGCCACACGACCAACUGCUUCCUGAGUGUUGAAGGAACCGAUGGCGAUAGAGCUUACCUCAUGACUGAAGGAUCAGAUGAGAAGAAGAGUGUGAAGACAGUCAAUCAGCUGGCCCACGCCCUCCACAUGGACAAAGACUUGAAAGCAGGCUGCCUUGUGCAUGUAUUUUGGCCAAAGGCAAAAUGUGCCCUCUUGAGAGAUGACCUGGUUUUAGUAGACAGUCCAGGUACAGAUGUGACUACAGAACUAGACAGCUGGAUUGAUAAGUUUUGCCUCGACGCAGAUGUCUUUGUUCUAGUUGCAAACUCUGAGUCAACACUAAUGAACACGGAGAAACAUUUUUUUCACAAGGUGAAUGAGCGGCUUUCCAAGCCUAAUAUUUUUAUUCUGAAUAACCGUUGGGAUGCCUCUGCCUCAGAGCCAGAGUAUAUGGAAGAUGUCCGCAGACAGCACAUGGAAAGAUGUCUGCACUUCUUGGUAGAAGAGCUCAAAGUUGUGAGUCCAUUGGAAGCACGGAACCGGAUUUUCUUUGUUUCAGCAAAGGAAGUUCUUAAUGCCAGAAAGCACAAAGUCCAGGGGUUGCCCGAAGGUGGUGGGGCACUUGCUGAAGGAUUUCAGGCAAGGUUACAAGAGUUUCAGAAUUUUGAACAAAUUUUUGAGGAGUGUAUCUCGAAGUCAGCAGUGAAAACAAAGUUUGAACAGCACACUAUCAGAGCUAAACAGAUACUAGACACUGUGAAAAACAUAAUGGAUUCAAUAAACGUGGCGGCAGCAGAGAAAAGGGUUUAUUCAAUGGAAGAGAGGGAAGACCAAAUUGAUAGACUGGACUUUAUCCGGAACCAGAUGAACCUUUUAACACUGGAUGUUAAGAAGAAAAUUAAGGAGGUAACCGAGGAAGUGGCGAACAAGGUUUCAUGUGCAAUGACAGAUGAAAUUUGCCGGCUGUCUGUUUUGGUAGAUGAAUUUUGUUCCGAGUUUCAUCCUACCCCAAGUGUGCUGAAAGUUUAUAAAAGUGAAUUAAAUAAGCACAUAGAAGAUGGAAUGGGAAGGAAUUUGGCUGAUCGGUGUACCAAUGAAGUCAAUGCCUCCAUGCUUCAGUCCCAGCAGGAGAUUAUUGAAAAUUUGAAGCCAUUACUUCCAGCUGGAAUACAGAAUAAACUUCAUACGCUGAUCCCUUGCAAAAAAUUUGAUCUCAGUUAUGACCUAAAUUGCCACAAGUUAUGUUCAGAUUUUCAAGAGGAUAUUGUGUUCCGUUUUUCCCUGGGCUGGUCUUCCCUUGUGCAUCGGUUCUUGGGCUCUACAAACGCACAGCGGGUGCUGCUUGGAUUGUCAGAGCCCGUCUUUCAGCUCCCUAGAUCUUUAGCAUCAACUCCCACUGCUCCUGCUAAUCCCGCAGCACCAGAGAAUGCAGCCCAAGAAGAAAUCAUGGUCACCUUAAUAACAACACUUGCAUCGCUCACAUCUAGAACAUCAAUGGGUGUUAUUGUUAUUGGAGGAGUGAUUUGGAAAACAGUGGGCUGGAAACUCAUAUCUAUUUCAUUAAGUAUGUAUGGAGCUUUGUAUCUUUAUGAAAGGCUGACUUGGACCACACGUGCCAAGGAGCGGGCCUUCAAGCAGCAGUUUGUAAACUAUGCAACAGAAAAACUGCAGAUGAUUGUGAGCUUCACCAGUGCAAACUGUAGCCACCAAGUGCAACAAGAAAUGGCUACCACUUUUGCUCGCCUGUGCCAACAAGUAGAUGUUACUCAAAGACAUCUAGAAGAAGAAAUUGCUAGACUAUCCAAAGAAAUAGAUCAACUGGAGAAAAUACAAAACAGUUCAAAGUUCUUAAGAAAUAAAGCUGUUCACCUUGAAAGUGAGCUGGAGAAUUUUUCUAAGCAAUUUCUACUCUCAAGCAAUGAAGAUUCUUAACAAUAGAGACCCCUCUGCUGACCACCAGCACAGGAGGAAAGAGGAUUUGGAAGAUGGAGAGUUGUUAUUUUUAUGGGAUGACUUCAGUGUGAAUUACACUAACUGUGAUUAAGUGGCAGAUCUCUGCAUAGAUUCUGGUAACCAUCUGUCCAGGGGGUUGCACUUUGUGAAGAGUGUUGUGAUAUGUUCUUAGCUUUAGUUGGGAAAAGACUAAAUUGUUUGGGUUAAAUAAUGAAUUAGUUUUAAAGCAGUGAAACCAACUGUGUGGCCCCUGAGGGGUGGGUCCUGCAGCUCUUAAUUAGGGCUUUCUCUGUUUUUGAUUCUUAAAAACUCUGCUUCCUGGCAUCCAGGAGUUAGAGAAUGAUCUUUUCAUCUUCUCUGUCAGCACUAGUUUUUGAUGCCUUCUUAAAUUAAGGGAAUAGUAAAAUUUUUGUUUGGUUUCAUAAGCUGAUUUGCUCUAACCACCAAGGGGUGUGGAAUGUUCUCGGGUGUACUAUUUAUGCAAGGUACAGUCACUUUUGACAUUAAGGCAAGUAUGUAAACCACUAAUAAAAACACUGUUUUUAGCCCUU